GUUUGCUCAGAGCUCGACCCGUGGGUCAGAAGCUCAGCCCCCAGAGAUCGAUGCGCUUUCAACACCGCCGCUGCCGCCCCCGCACCGAGCCACGAGAACAACGCUUCCCCAAAGCAGGCCGGUCUGACGGGCGAUCUGGGCCAGGAUGGCGAGAGGAGAAGCAGUGAUGCCUGCCAUGUGUGCUUUCCUGACAGCACUGCUAGCGUGUUCCUCGGCCCACAAGAACCAACGAGAGCCCGACCAACGGCUCAACACGUCCAUCCUGAACGCAGCCUUGGCCUUUGAACCCUACCGUGACCUGGCGACCAGAACCGCCGCUGACCCCGGCGUCCAGCAGCAGCAGCAGAACAUCCUGUUCUCACCCCUGGGCUUGGCGUCGGCUCUCGCUCUGCUGUGCCGAGUCUCCGGGUCCGAGAGCCGGAGCCAGGCCCUGGAGGCCCUGGGGUUGGCAGCCAACGCCACGCAGCAGAGUGUGGAGGCCACCGUAUCAGCUCUCACUGAUCUGCAGCUCGGCCUCCAGCAGGCAGGGGGUGGAGCGUCUGAUGCUGGGAUUGGUGGAGCAGGGGAGGAUGCUGGAGACAGAGCCAGGACAGAGGAUGGAGCUGAGGAUGGGGCUCGGUUAAAAGUGUGGAGCAGCCUGAAUGUCGAUGGAAAACCCUCAGCAGACUUUAAGAGUUUUCUGCUCAGUGGACGCCAUGGCUUCAACAUGAGCUACGAGACGCUGAUGAAAGACUUGCAAGACUCAGACAAACUUAUACUCAACAAUUAUGUGUAUUUCAAAGGUCUCCAUCCGUUCGAGCGGCGCCACACGGUCCUCCGGAGCUUCCAGCUGAACGCUACCACCAGCGUGGAGGUUCCCAUGAUGUUCAUGGACGACUCGUCAGAGGUGAUGAUGCUGUACGACACCAACUGCUCGGCCACCGUGGUGCGGCUGCCUGGUUCGGAUCGCCCGGCCUCGCUGCUGCUGCUGCCCAAAGCAGAGCUGCAGCCUCUGGAGGACUGUCUCUCCGACGGACGCAUGAACUUCUGGCUGAGCCACCUGAAGCCGGGGCGAGCAGAAAUCCGUUUCCCUAAGUUUCAACUCAGGAAAUCCUACGGUUUAGAGAGGCUCCUGAGGAACGCCGGGGUAUCAUCCGUUUUCUCCCGCUCAGCCGACUUCUCCGGAAUAUCGCAGAAGAAGACGCUGGAACUCAUCAAGGCUCCUCAUGAGGUUCUGUUGGAGGUUGAAGAGACCAAGUCAGAAAACGGGGGGAGACCCGACAUCAUGCUGGAUUUCUCCGUCCCCCCGAGAAUAACCUUCGACAGACCGUUCAUGCUGAUAAUCUAUGAUGAUCUCACAGGGCUCAUCCUGCUCAUCGGGAGAAUUAUCGAUCCCACCAAGGUCUAGAUGAGCGAGAACAUCCCAGCCUUUUUUCGUCCUAUUUUUUUCUUGCUAUUGAUAUAACACUGCAUUCAGUUACAGAAUAUGUCAGCUUUGGCCUGAAUCUGUCCCAGUAUUAUAGCAUAUCAUUUAGAAAAAAAGCAGUGGAGUUGCAAAGUGCAUUUUGUUUUUCAAACAUUACAGGAUGAUUUAUAGUUUAUUUCUCCAUUUUCUCAAAAUGAUGAAAAGACAUUUAAAUGGUAGCAAUUUAUCCCUGUGACUGAAUCUCUGCUAUUCUUGCAAAAACAUAAAACGCUUUUUCUUCCAUUACAAAA